ACUGGGUUGGACAGUGAUCAGCUGGGAUCGGGGGAUGCAUUUGAGUGAUAUGGCAUUUCAACUUUGUCCCUUGCAACAGACUCAGGCAUUCCCCCUUAGACAGAGACAGAGCCGCUGAGAGGAACGUAUUGAUCGGACUGUGUAUUUAUAUUCCUGCUGGACAGUUUCACUGUAAUUUCAUCAGCUGCUGCUUUAAUGUUGGAAUUAUGACACUGACGACAGACAAGGUGCAUGGUGGGAUGGACCUCGCUGACCUCCUGCUCACUAACACAAAUGAAACCACCAGUUGCCACAGCAACCAACCGUGGACUAUCACAAUUCACGACACCCUGAGCCCCGAGGGAAGUACUGCUGAUGACUUCUUAGACGCCCUGCUGGGUGGGAGCGACUCCUCCUCGACUACAGCAUCCCCCCUGUGGUCACCCUGCACCACUGACAGUGGCAUCCAGGAGGACCCCCCGGCAGAUCCCACAGAGAGCCUUCAUCCACCCUCCUGCACGGCUUUUCCAGGAUUGGACACGCAGUCUCUCCCUCACCCUCCACCUUUGGAGAGUCAGCUACCACCAAACCAAAAAACGUCUUAUGUUUCUAUAGAUCUAGGCUGGGAGUCAGAUGACCUACAAGAGCAGUUUGGCUUUGCAUACUACCUCACUACAAACCAAACCUCCCCUCUGUCGUCCACUCAGGCUCUCACAGUGAAGGAUCUGCUGCUAUCCAACCUGGGACAGACGGCACAGCAAAUCCCUCAGCAUUCCCUGCAGGAGCUUGUACUUAAUGAGGAUGAGAAAAAGCUUCUGGCUAAAGAAGGGGUGAACUUACCCAACAAACUGCCCCUGACCAAGUUUGAAGAGAGGGUUUUGAAGAAGAUCCGGCGAAAAAUCCGCAACAAGCACUCAGCUCAAGAAAGUCGGAAGAAGAAAAGGGAAUACGUUGAUAGUCUGGAGGGAAGGAUGUCUGCAUGCAGCGCGAACAACCUCAAGCUGCAGAGGAAGAUCCAGCAGUUGGAGGAGAACAACAAUGCUCUAUUGGAGCAGCUAAGCCGGCUACAGGCUCUCCUUCCCAACAGCUCCAGCAAAGCAACACACAGAGGGACCUGCAUCCUGGUUUUGCUCCUCUCCUUCUCCCUGCUCAUUUCCUCACAUCUUCAGCCAGAACCUUACAGCCAACUCAGCCGGGGAGAGUACACACAGACUAAAGUGCCAUCCCGCUCCCUGCAGUCAAUGGAUGAAGUGCAAGACGCCCCCCCUCUUCCUCUCCUCUCCAUCUCCAGGGGCUUUGAGGAUCUGUACAGCCUGACGGAGAAGCUCUGACACCGGACAGGUCUCCCAAUGCUAGACGUCCCAAUCUUUCACCACACCAGGAUGACUGGCACCGGGACAAUCAUGUUCUCGGUGCCCCCAGGAAGAAAGACGUAGCAAAGGAAUGCAGUCUUGCUUGCAAGUGCAGCAUCCAAAUGAACAGUUUGAUUGCUUUUCAGCAUCUGUUUCUCACUGCAGAGACUGAGUGAAGUGUUAUGGUGUGUUUGCCAUCCGUUCCACAACACAAACAGCUAAUUAAAAGAUUGUUUCUAACUGAAAUUCACUGACUCAGAUGGAGGUCGGUGAGGAGGUCAUCCAAACAGAUUUUUUUUUGCUUUGGAAAACAGUGCCUGUGGGACUUGGUGGAGCAUGUAUUAUAUUGCUGACAUACUUGUGCAAGAUGUAGGCAUGUGCAAUCUGUAAAACAACACAAAUGUAUAUUCACUGCUGUAUUUUAUUAUUUACUUUUAAUGUAUAUGUUGAAAAACUUUAACAAAAAUGAUUUGAGUUGUAUUUUGUAAGAGUUCAGUGCAAUACUGCCACAGCACACUGGAAUUAAUAAGCCUACUCCAGUGAAUUUUGGAAACACCUUAAUAGUUUUAUUUCUUUCAGUUAUGCCAUAUGUCCAAUUUGCAUCACAAAAAUAAUGAGGCGAUUUUGGAAAUUACUUCGUAAGCAAAAGCUGCUGGAUGAUUUCUCACUUCAUUAAAAAAAAAACCCUCUAA